CCGACACUCGAAACGGGAAAAAGUAAGGGGAAAUUUAAUCAAUCAAACUGAACCUCCAAAAAACUAACUUCCCUGAAAACCGAUCAUCAUCAUCAUCAUGAAUCAAAAGGCCAAUGUUUCAAAGGAGCUCAAUGCCAAACACAGAAAAAUAUUGGAAGGGCUUCUUAAAUUGCCGGAGAAUAGGGAAUGUGCUGAUUGCAAAGCUAAAGGUCCUCGAUGGGCAAGUGUGAACCUUGGCAUCUUUAUAUGCAUGCAAUGUUCUGGUAUCCAUAGAAGCCUUGGUGUCCAUAUAUCAAAGGUAAGAUCAGCUACACUGGACACAUGGCUUCCCGAACAGGUUGGAUUUAUUCAAUCAAUGGGAAAUGCUAAAUCAAAUAGCUACUGGGAAGCAGAAUUACCUCCAAACUACGAUAGGGUUGGCAUUGAGAAUUUUAUUCGAGCAAAGUAUGAAGAAAAGAGAUGGGCUGCUAAAGAUGGAAGACCGAAUUCACCUUCUAGGUCGCAAGAAAAUAAAGACUCUUCACAGUGGCAGAAAUCUGCUGAAAGAUUUGCACGCACCAGCUUUUCUAAUGAAAAAAAGAGUUUUCAGCCACAUAGUACAAAGAGCAACAUACCUGCUAACAAAAUCAGUCUUCCUGUGCCUCCAAAGGGAUCUCAACCUGUGUUACCGAAAGCCGAGACAGCGGUCCCAUCUGCCAGGACAACAAAGGAGGCUGCUCAAGUUGUCUCACCCCCGAAAGUUGAGGUUUCUACUGAUCUUUUCGAUAUGCUUUCUAUGGAAGAUGACCCCCCUGAGAAUGAUUUAGAAGCAGCUCCUGCAGAUGAUUUAUGGGCGGGAUUCCAAUCUGUUAGUGAAACAUCGGCAACAGGGACAACAAGUCCUCCGAAAACUGCAGAUAAUAAGGCCAAGGCCACCUCUGAAAUUGAGGAUUUAUUCAAAGAUUCACCUUCUAUCUUACAACAAAGUGCAUCAGAAAAGCCUCAGAAGGAUGUUAAAAGUGAUAUAUUGAGCCUUUUCGAGAAGGGUAAUACGGCCACACCAUAUUCUCUUCAUCAGCAGCAACUUGCUAUGCUUGCACAACAGCAAUCCCUGCUCAUGGCAGCUGCGGCUAAAGCAGGUGGUUUGCCUAAAUUUUCUGGAAAUGGGCAACAAAUGUCCGUUGGUACUAACCUGCCUGAUCAAAACUGGCCAAAUGCUGGGUACCAAAUUCCUGGAAUGAUGAUGCCAGCUGGAGGAAAAGAAGUAGAAAAAUAUUUACAGCAGAUGAGAAAUAUCGGAGCGGCAAAUUCAGGUGGGAACUUUGUUCAGGGUCCAGCAUCCAGCUUUUACAAUAUGGGGUUAAAUUCCACCACCAAUGGGGCGGCACUCCCGGGAAUAUCCUUACCUGGAUCAGUGACACAAAAUGCUUCUUUCAACAAUGUGGCACCAUCUGGACCAUUAAAAGCACCAUCGUCUACUUCAACAUCAUCGACAUCUCCUACACAGUCUACCAAAGACUACGAUUUCUCGUCAUUGACCCAAGGGAUGUUCUCAAAACCGUGAUCUCUUUUCAUUUCUUUUUUUAGUGCAAGUUUUAUUGUAUACCAUAAAAAGUAGUUCAAGAACAGCAGCUAUUGGCCAAUUGGAAACUGUAAACUAAUUGUAGAAAAAAGUAGUAUCAGCUUCUUAUAUUUUCAUUCUCGCUAGUUCAAAUUUUCUAGGCUGAUGAUUCUCAUUAUUAUAAAUAGGGGGCGCAUUUGGUGUAGCGGAAUAAAUUGAGUAUAGGUAUUAAGCCGUC